AGCGGAGGGAAUUUUGACUGCUAACAGGAUGCUAACAGUUAUGUCCGUAACGUUUCGGUAAACGAUUUUUGACCACUGGUCGGUUUUUGUUUGUUUGUUUUAAUUAUUUUACUUGGAAGCAAACGAAAGGAAUGAGUUCGCAGGACUCCAGGAGAGGUUCAUGGAGAGGUGGAGGCUGGAGAGGCGGUGGAUGGAGAGGAGCUGGGGGAGGUGGUGGAUGGAGAGGGCAAGGAGGUUGGAGGAGUAGACCUUGGAGAGGAGGAUCAGCAGCACCAAGACAAGGAGGAGGCUUUAGAGGUGGUGUUGGUGGAGAAGGAGGAGGAUCAGGAAGUCCAGCCUUUAUCUCUCAGAGAACGUCCCGUCAGACGACUCUUGAUGCACUGUGUCCGUACAAAGGAUGGGCGCUCUACUUCACAGAUGGCUUCAUCGAGAGCUCACCCAGUGUGGAGAAGAUCAAAAUAUUUGAGAAAUAUUUCACUUCAAAGAUUUACCUUUAUGAUAAGGAUGAGAUAGAGCGUCAGGGCAGUGUUCUGGUGGAUUACACAGAUUUAAUUGGAGACCAAACUGUGUGUAAAGCACUUCCUGACAUCAUCACAGAUCUAAAAGAGCAGCCAGAGGUGAUGCUGAGCUGUUUGGGAGUUGCCAUUCAUCAGGUGUUGACUGCUGAUUUAGAAAAACAAGCUGCUGAGCUGCAGGAGGAGGAGCUUCCUGUUGCUACACCAAUCAUCAAUAUUCCUCAUAUUAGUGUGAGGCUGUAUAACUAUGAACCCAUGACUCCUCUGCGGACGUUGCGAGCCAGCGUGUUUGGACGUCUGGUUUCUGUGAAGGGAACUGUGGUCAGAGUGAGCAGCAUCAGACCUCUGUGUACCAAGAUGGCCUUCAAGUGCCAAGCCUGCACACAACUGCUGUCUCUACCCCUGCAGCAUGGAAAAUACACAACACCUACCAAAUGCAUUCAGCCUGGAUGUCGCAGUCGUUCCUUUAUCCCCGUCCGCAGUUCUCCCCUCACACAAACUGUAGACUGGCAGAUCAUUAAGGUUCAGGAGAUGAUGGGCGGAGAGCAAAGAGAGACCGGACGAAUCCCGCGUACAGUGGACUGUCACCUGACCUCUGACCUCUGUGACAGCUGCGUCCCCGGAGACACGGUCACUGUGACGGGGAUAGUUAGAGUUAUCAACGACGGCAGCUCCAGAGGAAAUAAAGAUCAGUGCAUGUUUCUCCUGUACAUCGAUGCUACGUCAGUCAGCAACACUAAAGGCCAGCUCUCCAAGUCUGGAGGUGAAGGGUCAAGUGUGUCACUUGAAGAUCGUUCAGGAGGGGAGGAGUUCAGUUUGAAGGAGCUUUAUGCCGUUCAGGAGAUCCAGUCACAGCCGGACCUGUUUCGACUUAUUGUACACUCUUUAUGUCCUGCAAUCUACGGACAUCUGUUAGUGAAGGCUGCACUUGCCUUGGCGCUAUUUGGAGGCAGACAGAAACACACGGGCAAGAACAGUGUCCCAGUGAGAGGGGACCCUCACAUCCUGAUAGUGGGAGACCCCGGACUGGGAAAGAGUCAGAUGUUACAGGCGGUGUGCCAUGUGGCCCCCAGAGGGAUCUAUGUUUGUGGAAACAGCACCAGCACUACAGGACUAACAGUGAGUUUGUCUCGAGACUCGGGGACGGGGGAUUAUGCUCUGGAGGCUGGUGCCUUGGUGUUGGCGGACCAAGGUCUGUGUUGCAUUGAUGAGUUUGAUAAGUUGGGGAACCAGCAGCAGGCUCUGUUAGAAGCUAUGGAGCAGCAGUCUGUGAGUCUGGCUAAAGCUGGUAUAGUUUCCUCUCUGCCAGCCAGAACAUCUGUUGUUGCUGCUGCAAACCCCACUGGAGGACACUACAACAGAGGCAAGACGGUGUCAGAAAAUCUGAAGAUGAGCUCAGCUCUGCUCUCCCGGUUUGAUGUUGUGUUCCUGCUCCUGGACAUCCCAGAUGAGUCACAUGACCGUCAGCUGUCGGAGCACGUCAUGGCGAACAGGGCAGGGAAAAACCGAACCAGCAGCGCCACCGUCACCAGGACCAGUUCUGACUCGGAGACCUGCAUCCUGCUGCAACACUCAGCCUUGCCACUGUCUGAACGGCUGCAGCUUCCUACAGGUGAAUGUGUCGACCUGGUCCCAGCCUGCUUGCUGAGGAAGUACAUCAGCUACGCUCGACAGUACGUCCAUCCCUCCCUGGCUCCUGAAGCAGCACAAACCCUGCAGGACUUCUACCUGUCUCUGAGAUCUCAGGCCCAUUCUGCUGACGCUACGCCCAUCACUACACGGCAGCUGGAGUCUUUGAUCAGACUCACAGAGGCUAGAGCCAAGUUGGAGCUCCGAGAAACAGCUACCAAGAGUGAUGCUGAGGAUGUGGUGGAGAUCAUGAAACACAGUCUGGCCGACACGUACUCCGAUGGUCUGGGGAAUCUGGACUUUGAACGCUCUCAGCUCGGGUCUGGCAUGAGUCAGCGCAGUGCCGCAAAGCGGCUGGUCAGUGCGCUGCACUCUCACGCUCAGAGGACCAACCAGAAGCAGUUUGAUCUGCAGACGCUUCGAUCCAUAGCUGAUAAAGUGAACAUAAAGGUGGUGGAUUUUCAGGGUCUCUUGAGUUCCCUGAACGAACAGGGUUUCCUGCUGAAGAAAGGGCCCAAGUUGUAUCAGCUGCAGACCAUUUGAACA